AUGCCCAAGGUCAAGUCGUACUCGUCGGCAUGGCUGUCCAACAACAAUGCGCCGGGCCGCCAGCUAUUUGAGCCUUCCGCUGAGGCGAUCCGAUCGCGGGCUCUGUCGCCACCCUCCAAGACCAGGUCGACCCUCGGUCCUAGGAGAACGAUUGCCCGUCGGGGGACUGAGGUCUUUGUUGCUGUAGGCAAGGAAAUUCGAUGGGCUGAUCUGGCCUACCUUAAGGAUGAAUGGUCAACUAGACAGCCAAGAGGGAGAACGGGAACUCGCUCUGCCGGAGCUCGCAUCAAAAGAGAAGAUUCCAUACAGUCAAUUGACGACGGAGAGAUGGAUGCUGCGCCUGGGUUGAGGAUCAUUAAAACUCCAGUAGCCGAUGAAAUCCGACAAUUAAUCAUAUCGCCAAACUCAAAUUACUUGGCCAUUCUCACGACACAUACAGUUCAUAUUUGCGCCAUACCCGACUCGUCGCAUUUGACGAGCGAGGAUACCUCUCCUUUACGACCCAAGAUUUACACCCUCGGCCCGACCACACAUGUAACUUCACGAGCCCCCAUCAUGUCAGUUCUGUGGCAUCCUUUAGGAGUUAAUGGCUCUUGUGUUGUCACCGUCACGGCGGAUGCGAUUGUUCGAAUUUGGGAGUUAUCAACUCAGGACCGCUGGUCGUUUGACUCGCCGACGACUUCGGUAGACCUCAAGAAGCUUGUGGAUGGUACUACUCUGGAUCAGGACUUUUCCGCGUCAAGUUCGACAACAAACAAGGCCUUCUCGCCAGAUUCAUUUGAGAUGGAGGUAUCCGCGGCAAGCUUUGCAACCAAGGGUUCAGGAGGCUGGAAUCCCAUGACUCUUUGGGUAGCCAUGCGAGAAGGGGAUGUCUAUGCUCUUUGUCCAUUGCUCCCCCAGAGAUGGGCUCCCCCGCCGACAUUGAUUCCAUCUCUGUCUGUUUCUAUUGUCACAACCGUCGCCAGUAUUGAAGACGAUCCUGCAGUUGACGAGAACGAGAAACUGCUCGCUCAGCAACAGCUGCAGUGGAUGGGUGAACUGGAUGCGCAGGAACCUCAGGUCCUUGAAAGUCUGCCGGGAGAGCCUAUUGUCGAGGUCUUUACAAGACCAACUCAGCCAGGCGUUGUUCCUCGACUACAGGGACCCUUCUGGCUUGAAUCUGACCCCGAGACUGGUGAUGACUUGGAUACUACCAUUACUGACAUUUUGGUGAUUGGGAAAAAGACUGACACUGAUGAGCUCAUGUUGGGAGAAGAUGAAGACCUCGACCUGGAUGAUGGCGACCAGGAGGGCCUCUCGCUACCUGUUGUUUGUCUACUCUCUGCAAGCGGUCAGGUUAGGGUGUACCUGGAUCUCGAAGGAAUCCAGGCACAGUGGCUCCCGCCCAGGAACAAAGCAAAACUUGGGCGUUUACCGACACCGAGCAGCCCUCCCUCACUCCUUGCCUUCCAAGCCAUUGAUACGAUGAGCCCUAUUGAGAUAAGCGAGGACUCAUGGCCGGUAUUCAGCAACGACGCCAUGUCUAGGUACAGUUUCUUUGUUACGCAUCACGCAGGCAUUACAUUUGUGUCGCUUACAUCGUGGGUUUUCCGCCUCGAGGGCGAGCUUUUGGCGGACCACAAGGCUGGUACCGACUUCAGAAUCGGGCUAUUGGUCAACUCGCAAUCCACUAGGGAUAGGAUCUACGCGCAACCAAGUGCCGAUGUGGCCGUGCCUCUUGCAGCAUGCGUUGCGAUCAGAGAUCCUGAUCUGGGCUACUUUCUUCUUUCGGCGACGCCCUACGAGCCUGUGGCCCUGACAUUUGAAACCCAAGACGUUGAUCUCGCGCCAAUCAAGCAAGAGAGCCCUGUGCGGGAGCGGGAGGUUAGCAUGGCGCCGCUGGACUUUUACGAACCACGACCAGUCUACAACCCGCCCCAUGUAUUCGACGAGGGAUCCGCUCUACCGACGUUGUUGGAGCGGCUACGAACAUCGCGUCACAAGACAAUCGUCAACCAGGAAGUGAGGCUCAGCCCGCUCACGCUGCAGAUCUUCACGGAUGCGCACAAAGUGCUAAGCGAUGAGACGUACAAACUCGGGGUAGCGGCGGCAGAAGUUUUUAGGCGAUGCGAGUUGCUCCAAUCAGAACUACACCAGCAAGUGAGAAAGGCAAACGAAGUCAAGGGCAAGAUUGAUAGCAUCAACGGGGCAGAUGGAGAUGGAGAGGGUGAGGCUGAGAACGCCAUGUACGAUCGGCGGAUAGCCGAGGCGAGAGAUCGGCAGGAGCGGCUCACCAAGCGUGUAGAUAAUCUGCGAAAGAUUGUCGGGAAGGCUACGACGCGGGACCUAAGCACCAAGGAGCGCGCGUUUGUGGACGAGGUGAGGAGUCUAGAGGCCAGUGUUUUGGGACCAAGCGGUGGACAAGGAGACAGCGCUGCUCAGCAGUCGAAGCAGCUGUGGAAACGGUUGGAGGAGGUGAGGACGCUGCAAACAGAGCUCGUUGCGGAGGUGGAAAGUCUAAAGAAGUCAGGAGAAGUCGAAGUUGCGGCAACGGGGGACGUCAGAAUUCCUCAAGACAUUCGGCGGUCAAAACUGCAGCAGGUUCAGGGCUUACUAGCAAGAGAGUCGGCGUUGGUUGAGGCGGUGACUAUGCGUCUACAACGACUCCAGACGGCCAUGUAG